CAUUGGUGGUAUCGAGUUUCAGCUGACAAGUAUUAGUUAUGGUGUGUUUAAUAAUGGUCUAAUGUCAAACAGUUAGGAAGUGGCUUUGAUAACAUUAUAUCAUCCUACUUUGUAGACUCUUAAACAAAUAAGGCAUGGAAGACGAUCUGCCGACAGAAUACGACGUUAUUGUCGUAGGAACUGGAAUGACUGAAUCUGUUGUGGCCGCUGCUGCUAGUAGAAUAGGCAAAAGAGUUCUACAUCUUGAUAGCAACGAAUAUUAUGGAGGACUCUGGGCUUCAUUCAAUUUUGAAGGAUUGCAGAAAUGGAUGGAAGAUUGCAUUCAUCCAGUGAAACCUACUGAGGAGGUCUCUGCAGUGGCGAGGGAUGGAGAAACGUUAAUCAAAGCGGGAAAUCAGUUUUCAACAGUAUCUAACAUUGAAGAAACUUGGUACAUUGCAGAAGAGCUUGCAGACUCUCAACAAGCCACAUCAUUUUCUAAGAACAAUGGAGAUGAACAAGGGGAAAAAGUUGGAGAUACAGAUGAUGUAAAGCUGGCAGAGAGUGAUGAAACAGAGAAAGAGAAGGAGAAAGAAAAUGAUGCUGAAAAAGCUGAAGCUGAAGAUGGAAAACCUGCCAUUACAGAGCCAUGGAGUCAGACUAAGCUGAAGAAAGAGUACCGUAAAUUUAAUUUGGAUUUAGCACCAAAGCUCCUGUUUGCUCGUGGCUCACUGGUUGAGCUGUUAAUCUCCUCCAACAUCGCACGCUAUGCUGAGUUCCGAAGUGUGACUAGAGUGCUGACCUGGCUGGAUGGCCAUCUUGAGCCCGUUCCAUGUUCACGAGCUGAUGUUUUUGCCACCCGUCACGUUACAGUUGUUGAAAAGAGAAUGCUCAUGAAAUUGCUCACUGUGUGCAUGGAGUAUGAACACAGUUCAAAUGAAUUUGAAGGUUUUGAAGACAAACCAUUUUCAGAGUACUUGAAAUCAAAGAAGCUGACACCAAAUCUGUUACACUAUGUGCUAUACGCUAUUGCAAUGGCUACUGAUACCACUCCUUGCAUGGAAGGUGUAGCCCGAACACAGAGGUUUCUGAAUAGCCUGGGGCGUUAUGGAAAUACGCCCUUCUUGUGGCCAAUGUAUGGCAGUGGAGAGAUACCCCAGUGCUUUUGCAGGCUCUGUGCAGUGUUUGGAGGUUUGUAUCACCUCAAACGUGCAGCUGAGGCAUUGAUAGUCACUGAUGGACAAGGAUCAGUGUCAGCUUGCCGAGGGAUUGUGUCAGAUGGACGGAGACUUGAGUCGCAUCACCUUGUGUUGGGAGUCGGCUAUGCUCCUCCACAGUUUCUCCAAGCAGCUCCCCCUGGUGGCCUAUCUCGUGGAAUUUUCAUUACAGACAGAUCCAUUCUAUUAGCUGACAAGGAAUCAUUGACAUUACUCCAGUUCCCUCCAGUAGAUGGAUCUAGUGAGCCAGUUACUGUGAUUGAAGUGGGUCCAUCAACAAAUGCCUGUCCCCCUGGAAUGUAUGUCGUGCAUAUGACAUGCAAGCAACAGACAACGGCCAGAGAGGAUCUCAAGACUGUUGUAGCAAAAUUACUGCAUACCGACAGCAUCACAAACAGCGCUGACUCCAGUGCCCAGUCUCCCAACAAGAAACAAUCUGAGGAUGGUGAAGGAGAAGAAGUCGGAGAUACAGCAAAAUGUGAGCCAGUAAAACCCCAAGUUCUAUGGUCACUCUACUUCAAUUGCCCCGAGACAUCAAAGUGUGACUUCACUGCCAACAUACCAGCCAAAGUUUACCUCUGCUCUGGACCAGACCUAGAUCUCGACUUUGAAUAUGCAGUCACAGAGGCAAAAGCAAUAUUUAGCAAGAUGUAUCCAGACAGUGAAUUUCUUCCACGUGCUCCAGAUCCAGAAGAAAUUCUUUUAGAGGGGGAGGAGAGUGCCCCAGGGCCGAUCUUUGAAGGUGAUUGUGCCAAGGCAGAGAAUGAUGGACAUAAGACUGAAGACGGUGACAGUGAUCAGACCAAAGGAGAGGAAGCUGAGUAAAAAUUUCCACAAGGAGUUGGAAAAGAAUGGUUUAAUAUUCUGUGAUCAUAGUUUAUCUGUUUACAGACCAUUUGACAUCCAGAACAUGUCUGUGCAGAUAGAAACAAGUGAGAAAUGUGGUGUCAAAGCUGUAAGGAAUACAUAUUUCUUUUGAGGUCAAUGUGGAUUGAAUAUUUGACUGUGGGUAAGGAGAUUUUAUAGGUUACUACCCAUUAACUCAGCUUUUCAACAUCCCCCCCCUCCUUUUUUCCCCCUUGAAAAAGAGGUGUGCAAUUUAGCCAGUAUCUGAUGAUCAAUAUUCAAUAUUACAGCUCCCGUAUAUAAAAUAAUAAUAUAUAAUAUAAGCAUAUAGUUUCUUUCAAGAUUUGACGUUUAUUCUUUAAGAUGUCAGGAAGUUAUGCAUGAAUAGCACAAUAGACCACUGAGGUCGCGGUGCAAGGGCCGAGGAGGCCUACCCCUCAUACAUUCAUUCAAGUUAUGCAUGAAACACUUAGCACGUUUCUGCGCAUCACACAUACACAUAGUAAGUGUAGUCUGUUGAGGCACUACAAUGCUACAAGACGGAUCAUUGGAUUUUUCAAUUGACCUGAUCCUUCCAGCAACACCAUUCGUUCAGUUUAUUUUAAACUCAAUAAAUCCUUUUUGACCAAGCCUAAGAUGUAGAACAACUAUGGCCCCAGGGUUGGCUCAGCCUCUAACAGAAACGAAUACGAGUAAUCUUCCUUGGGGUAAAGGGUGGCUGGCACAUAAGGCCUUAACGUCUCAAAAACUCUAUGGGCCUCCAUGGCCUGUUACCUUUUACACACUACUCAUGCCCUACUUAACAGAAGUGAUGUAGUUACAGGAUAGUUCUGAAGCUGAAAUCACAUUAAAGUUGCCAUGGUGCAGCUUACCACAAGAGAAGGAUAUGCUUCCAGUAUUUAUGUAGCUUAAUUUCAUAAGCAGAAUACUGUUCACAUGAUCUAGUUUGUGCUUCAAAGGUAAUGUCAGAUUAUUGUUAUUAGAAUAUAUCACUGAUGGUGCUUUAAAAUAUGUAAUUGUUAAUAGACAGCACAAAACAUUCCAAGCUAGUUCUAAUCAUCAGUGAGACUCACUGAUAUUUGCAGUCCAUUUUAUUCCAACUGCAAAGUGUUGCCUUAUUAUGUUAGUGCCAGGCACUGAUAUUAAGAUAGUGGUGUUCUGGAGAAGUAUGCAAAACGUUUUGAGAAUUUCAAUAACAUUUUGUAUAUAAAACCAUAAUAAAUGUUUUGCUUGCAUUGUUUGUA